GGGGCCGGGUGUGCGGGGCGGAGGCACCUGGGGGCCCCGCGAGGGCGCUGUCACUUGGAGCGGAGCCCUGCUCGCACGGCCCUCCCGGGGCUGCCGGAGAACCGGGAGCGCGUGGUGGGGCUGUGACGCCGCGGCGCGCUGACCGAGGGGCCGGCCUGAACGCGCCCUGCUCGGCUUCAGGUGGAAGCCCCCCUGGCAGGGGCCGCGUGGCCGGGAGGCUAGGCCGCGAUCUGGGCGCGGGGUCCGCACGGGAUCGGGCAUCCCGCGCCGGGCCGGAACCUCCGCACAGAACGGCCUGACCCUGAAAAGAUGGGGCCCCUCUGGGGGCUCGCGCUUGAGCUUAGGCCUUUCCUCGCCGCCCCAACAAGGGCUGCGCAGCUUUUGUCCCGCGAAGAAGUUUAAAAAGAGGCUAUGACCUCCCCUAACAGCAGGAUGUUUGCAGUAGCAACUCUCAGCUGUGGAAUUUGCUUAUUUGUCUGGCGUAAUUCUCCUUGGUUGAUGGAGUUCAAAGUAGAAAGUCUCUUGGGGGGCAUUGUGCUAUCAGCUUGUACCUGGCUUCCCUCUGAGCCUCCUCAGGGAGGUGCUACGGUCUGAGUGAGAGGCAGGAAAACUAUGACGGUUUCUUCUAAAUCCAUUGGGGGGUCUGUCAGUUCCUUGGAGAAGUUACCCCACGUUCAAGAUGGAGCAGAGAAACCGACACGGCAUGAGGAUAGGCACUGUGCGCCCAGCUGGCACAGAGUGAAUAACCCUAUACCUUCCAAUUUGAAAUCAGAAGCAAAAAAGGCUGCUAAAAUUCUGAGAGAAUUCACAGAAAUUACUUCCAGAAACGGACCUGAUAAGAUCAUUCCUGCCCACGUGAUUGCUAAAGCCCAGGGCCUUGCAGUCCUGUCUGUGAUAAAAGCCGGGUUUCUGGUGACUGCCAGAGGAGGCAGUGGGAUCGUGCUGGCGCGGCUUCCAGAUGGAAGAUGGUCUGCACCUUCAGCCAUCGGCAUAGCUGGGCUUGGUGGAGGUUUUGAAAUAGGUAUUGAGGUAUCGGAUUUGGUAAUAAUUUUGAAUUAUGACAGAGCAGUAGAAGCUUUUGCCAAAGGUGGUAACCUGACACUUGGAGGGAAUUUUACUGUGGCAGUUGGACCCUUGGGAAGGAAUCUAGAAGGAAACGUCGCGCUGAGAAGCUCUGCUGCCGCCUUUACGUACUGCAAGUCAAGAGGCCUCUUCGCUGGCAUCUCUUUAGAGGGCAGCUGUUUGAUUGAAAGGAAAGAAGCUAAUCGGAAAUUUUACUGCCAAGAUAUUCGAGCUUAUGACAUUUUAUUUGGAGACAUACCACGGCCUGCUCAAGCAGAAGAUCUUUAUGAAAUUCUUGAUUCCUUUACUGAAAAGUAUGAAAGUGAAGCACAGCGAAUCAAUGCAAGAAAAGCAGCUCGGGAACAGAAGAAGGCUUCUGCUAAAGAUUCACCUCCAAACCCACUGAGACCACAGCAGCCAUCUGCACAAGUCCAGCGGAGCUCUGCCUUUCAGAGUAACAGAAAUAAAUUUAAGCUCUAUCCUGAACUUUUCAGCUAUCAUGAGAGCGUUGGCAGUUUGAAUCUACCCAUAGAAGUGACAGCACUGUACUCUUUCGAAGGACAACAGCCGGGAGAUCUGAAUUUUCAAGCUGGAGACAGAAUCUUAGUUAUAUCAAAAACAGAUUCAGAUUUUGAUUGGUGGGAAGGAAAGCUUCGAGGUCAAACUGGCAUUUUUCCAGCCAACUAUGUUACCAUGAAUUAAAGUUAAUAUUAUGUUCUUUGAGAAUUACAGAAAAAAUUAUUUCUACACUGACAGGAUUUCCUAUCCAGUUAAGCAGUGUUUAAGUUUUAAAAUACUUGUUUAUUCCAUAAACUCUUGUCCAGAAUGCAAGAUUUUGUUUUUCUCUCUUCAUAUUAAAUGGGUACCUUAUAUAUGUUUAAAUGCUUUUACUAAUUUUAUCACAUACACUUUUUAAUAGUUAAUAUCUCCCCAUUUAUGUGGUCUUUCUAUUAUCACUCAAUAUUUGAUUUGGGUGUAUAAAUGGCAACUGUGUAUUUUAACUGGAGAAUCUUAAGGGUUACAGCAUGAAUCCAAUUCAUACACUAUUUGCAAAGUGACUAGAGAAGGAGGAUAAUAAUCCUUAAAAGUUACCUUCAUACCUUCAAAAAUUGCAUGUAUACACUUAUUGUAGAAACAUGCUAUUAGAAAAAAGUUCAACUACAAUGCAUUUUAAAAAGAUGACCUCUGUUAACUUUUCUUCUUUAUAAGGUUAUGUUUGCUCAUUUCUAGCAAUGGAAUCAACUUUUGUUGACAUGGUUCAGUUGUCCCUAAAUAAAUGUUCUUAAAUGCUAAGUUAAUGUUUUGAUUUUGUUUUUCUCAGUUUCUUUUUGUAACGUAAGCAGAGGUCUUCUGACUGGUCUGCAGGUUAAAACCCACCUUUCUGCCUGGGAUUCUUAGCUUUAAUUUCUUUUUCAGUUUUAUUGACAAAUAAAAUGGUAAAAUAUUUAAA